AAGUUCUUGAUCUAAAAUGGAAACUUAUUUUCUUAUUUUAUCCCUCGCCAUCUUCUUUUUCAUUUCUCUUAAACUUUUGUUUAAUAAACCGCAUAACAAGUUUAACCUACCACCAAGUCCGGCGAGGCCACUACCGUUGAUUGGACACCUUCACCUCCUGAAGCAGCCUCUCCACCGCACAUUCCUAUCUUUCUCUCAAUCCCUCGGCAGUGCCCCAAUUUUCUCCCUCCGUCUUGGAAACCGUCUCGCGGUUGUCGUCUCCUCCUACUCCAUCGCAGAAGAAUGCUUCACGAAAAACGACAUCGUUUUGGCUAACCGACCAGAGUCCAUAGUCGGGAAAUACAUUGAGUACAACUUCACCACUGUGACCAGCGCGCCUUAUGGUGACCACUGGCGAAACUUGCGGCGUCUCAGCACCCUCGAGAUCUUCUCCUCGCACAAGCUCAAUGGCUUUAUAUCCGUCCGUAAGGACGAGAUCCGACACUUGCUACUUCGUCUCUCCAAAAACUCGCAACAUGGGUUUGCCAAGGUGGAGAUGAGAUCAUUGUUUAUGGAUUUGACUAUCAAUAACAUUCUCAGAAUGAUGGCUGGGAAAAGAUUUUAUGGUGAUGGAACAGAGCAAGACGACAAUGCACGGCGAGUGAGACAGCUUAUUGACGAGGUGGUAUCCUACGCCGGCGCCGGGAAUGCUACCGAUUAUAUCCCAAUCUUGCGUUGGAUCACAAGUUUUGAGAAACGGGUCAAGAACUUAGCGGGUCGGGUCGAUGAGUUCUUGCAGAGCCUGGUGGAUGAAAAACGUGCGGAUAAAGAAAAGGGCGACACUAUGAUGGAUCACUUGCUUUCUCUCCAAGAAAUCCAGCCUAAUUAUUACACAGAUAUCACUCUAAAGGGGAUUAUAGUUGUUAUGAUACUUGCCGGAACUGAAACACUAACAGGAACAUUAGAAUGGGCUAUGUUGAAUUUGUUGAAUCAUCCAGAGGUAUUAACGAAAGUAAGAACCGAAAUCGAUACCAAAAUCGGUUUUGACCGGUUAAUAGAUGAACAAGAUAUUAAAAAGCUCCCUUAUCUCGAAGGGAUUGUGUUGGAGACCUUACGUCUCCACCCUGUAGCUCCUACACUUGUUCCACAUAUGACGUCAGAUGAUUGCAUGUUGGCCGGAUACGAUGUUCCAAGUGGAUCCAUGCUAUUGGUGAACGUAUGGGCCAUGCAUAGAGACCCGUCUCUAUGGGAAGAUCCAGAAAUGUUCAAGCCAGAGAGGUUCGAAAAUGAAAAUGAAAAUCAAAAGGUGUUGUCGUUUGGGAUUGGACGACGAUCAUGUCCCGGGGUUGGAUUAACUCAUCGGCUAGUGAGCUUGGCUCUUGGAUCGAUGGUUCAAUGUUUCGAAUGGGAGAGAAUUGGAGAAGAAUAUAUUGACACUAGAGAGGCACCUAUGAUGCGUCCAACUACCCCGUUGCAAGCCAUGUGUAAAACUUGUCCCAUUGUCCAUAAGAUUCUCGAUGCUUAUGCUUGAAUUGUAACUCUUCUUGGUUUGAUUUAUGUUCGGAAAUACUACAUCAACUUGUUUUGAGUUGGGAAAUAAUUCA